GCCACCCGGCAGGGCCUUCGUCCUCGUCGUCCAGUCGGGGACCGCGAGCCGGGCACCACGGUGGCGGCGGGGGCCCAGCGAGGUCACAAGGCCGAGAGGGCGGCAGGGCAGGCGCGCCGACGCCCGGGAGACAGGGCUCGGGCGACGUGGGCGCGGACCGCGAGGCUGGCGCCGGAGAAGCCCGGGCCCCCGCGCGCUCCCGCGCGUCGCGCCAGGUCGGCUCCGGCGGCGGUCGCCACGCGGAGACUCCGAAG